AUGGAAAAAAGAAUGAUGUACAAUCAUUAAAAAAAUGAUGUUUAAGAUGAUUUAUAUAAUUUCUCUUAGUUAAAAUGUAAGUUGAAGAAUAAAGUAUUCUAAUUUAGUAAUCAUAGUGAUACAAAUAACCUAAAAAAUAUAGCAAUCUUGAUAAACCAGAAAACUUAUAACAUGAUUUAUAAACUCUUUGAUUUUUCGAUGGAAUUAAAGUAGGAACUCCAUUUACUAUAAAUGAAUUGA